AUGGCAGAUCCCGUGGCCUCCGAUUUGCUGCGCUGCGGCUUGGGAGCGGCCACCACCUCGGGCAGGGACCCCGACUCCUGGAGCGACUGGCUGUGGUGGCCCAUGCUCAUGGUGUCCGCCCCGCUGGCCGCCACGGCGGCUUUCUGGGUGUCCAGGUUGACGUACAAGCACUUCGUCCCCUAUCAGUACCAAUAUCGGCCGGGAACGAUCAGCGGCUGGGUGGCGAAGAUGCUGCAGCGCCACGCGAGCCGCAGGCGGAAAGUUCAGCCUAUUAGGGUGUACCUCGACGGGUGCUUUGACAUGAUGCACUAUGGACAUGCAAAUGCUCUACGACAGGCAAAGGUGCUUGGGGACGAGUUGGUGGUGGGGCUCAUUCCUGACAGCGAAGUUGAGAGGUGCAAGGGAAGCAAGCCAGUGCUGUGCGAUGAGGAGCGGUUGUUGCUUGUGGACGCAGUCAAAUGGGUGGAUGAAGUCCUGACAGGUGUCCCAUAUGAACUGUCUCCUGAGUUCACACAGGAGCUCUUCACCAAGCACAGGAUAGACUACAUUGUUCAUGGUGAUGAUCCUUGUCUGCUCCCGGAUGGCACUGAUGCGUAUGCUUAUGCCAAGAAACUAGGCCGCUUCAGGAUGAUCAAGAGGACAGAGGGUGUGAGCACAACUGACAUUGUGGGCCGCAUGCUCACUUGCACACGUGUGAACAAGUUUGUUCAAGUGGAUCCUGCACGAAACGAGAUAGCUCGCAAGUUCAGCGAGGGCGGUGAGUUGGAAGUUCUGGCAUCGGAAGGCAACGGGGAUGCGGCCAGGAAGCCUCAGAAAACUGCCGUGUCUCAUUUUAUGCCCACCUCAAGGCGCAUCGUUCAAUUCUCAGAAGGCCGUGUAGCAAAGCCGAAUGCCAAGAUUGUGUAUAUUGAUGGGGCAUUCGAUGUCUUUCAUGCUGGCCAUGUUGCAAUACUGAAGGAAGCAAAAGCGCUGGGAGACUUCCUGUUGGUGGGGCUUCAUGGUGAUGAGUGUAUAAUGGAGCGCAGGGGGCCCCACAUGCCGAUCAUGAAUCUGCAUGAACGGAGCCUGAGUGUUUUGGCUUGCAAAUUUGUGGAUGAAGUCAUUAUUGGAGUGCCGCCCAACAUCACUGAGGAUCUCAUUCGGACGUUCAACAUUUCCCUUGUGGUGCGUGGGACCCUCAGUGAGACGUCACACCUGGGCCCAGAGGAGGCAGGCAGAUACGACGUGGCCAUAGGGAAAGGAAUUUACAGGGAGAUCGAGAGCCCCAAUGCCACAACCACAGGGUCCAUCAUCCGACGCAUUGUGGAAAACAACAAGAUGUAUGAAGCUCGGAAUGCAAAGAAGAGUGCGGGGGAGAACUCAUACUACAAGGACAAGAAGUUCAUUCAAGAACUGUAA